AUGGUAAUUCGGUCAACCAUCAGUGCUGUGGUGUUUAGGAUGCCGUAUUCCGAUCGGUUGCCUCCCAUAGUCAAAACGGUGCUAGAUGAUGGGCGUGUGAAGUUGGAUGAAGGGCGUUUCCGACAAUUGGAGCAUACCCCAGACACCGUGGCUAGACCUCUUAGUCCCAAAGAGAAGAUCCACAACAGAUUGAUGGAUAAGCGACUAGCGGAGUCACCGGUGGCGAUGAACAGAAGGACAGAUUUAACGGCAAGUUCUUUGAAUCCAAUUUUUGACGAAGAAGAUACAUUGAGAGAGACAGAGUCUGUGACUUCAAAGAGAACAGUUAUGCAGAACUAUCUUGAUGAGCAGAAUGCCAAGUUUGAUGAUCUCAUCAAUAAGAACUUGGGUGAGGUACUCAAGCAGCAGAGUCAGUUUGAAGACGAUGCAAGCUGGCGAGAGAUUAUGUUCAAGUUGGCCAUGGCCAGAAAUCCUACUGAAGUGUCUUCUAGUUUGGGACUGUUAGUUCUGCGAGCUACAAAGUCUGUUUGCCUGUGGAUGCCAUUUGUGGAGUCGCCAACUGUUAGCCCAGACGAAGAAUCUCACGGAGAAGCUGUGCUUAGGUCUAACAACGAUCUCAUUCAAACAAACGCCAUUUCAUUGGACACCAUGGACUACAAUGAAAAGGUAAAACUUCUAAGACAGCUACAGAGAGAUUUGGGUUUAAAUAAUGAGACAGACAUGACAAAUUUUACCCAGGAGCUUUCGCAGAAAGAUACACCAUUGGUAGAUAAGAUCCAAAUGUUGAUGAUCCUACUGAUUCGGUUGGCCUUCAUGGGGUUCAAGCUCUUCGUACCAAUCUCAACUGCGAUCUACACCAAGUUCAAGAACAACGAGCUCAUGGUUUUGAACAAUAGAAACUUCAACAAGUUGCUAAACACUGUGAUUCACGUGAUGGAGACCAUGGAAGAGCGACUUGAUAACGAAACGAACAACACAAGAGUCCCAGGAAUUCAGACAAUAGAGAUAUUCGAGGAAGGCGGGUUGGCUGGUGGCGACUCAUGGGCUUCUGCUGUGGCCAGAUACUCAAUGUCCAGAUGGGCAGAAGAUGCUAUAGACAAUACGGAUUUUACGAAUGAUCCACGGUACGCACAGUACUUUGCUGAAAGGCGCAAGAUGACCAUCGAAGAGGAAGAAACCUACUUAAGAGGAGAACAUCCUUCGGUGUUUCAAGUUGCACAGCAAUUUGCACGAGAUAUGGGAUAA